AGGGACGCGGAGAGCGGGAGGGGGGGUGGGGGCUGAGCGGAGCGUCGUGUGGCGUCGCCCGCUCCCCUUUAGGAGCGCGCCGCCGAGCGACUGCCGCCGGCGGGGAGGAAGGGGCGAGUCUCUUCGGAGCCUUCUUCGCCCCGCGGCUUCCCUUCCUAGGCCCGGUGCCGGCGGGAAGGGGAGGGGGGCGCCGGCGGGGCGCGCGGGUCCCCUCGGUUUCGGGCUCGGCGGUGCCCGGGGCGGGUGAGAUGUCGGGCUGAGCGGGUGCGAGCCCGGGGGUGGGGUUCGCCGUGCCCGGGGAGGGGGCAGGCGGGAAGGAGUGUGUGUGUUGGGGGGGUUGGGACUGUCCUCUCAGCCGUCCCGCCCCGCCGCCGCGCUGCGCCCAUGGUGAUUGUGCAUCUCGGCGCCUUCCCGCCGCCCCGUGCGGGCCGGACAGCCGGGGCGCCCAGGUGUUUGUGACUUCAGAGACAUUUAGGGGCUCAGUUCUGAGCAAGUAAGAGACACGAGGAUUCAGUUUAUUUUACAUAGAAAGCUACAGCGCUUCACCAGUACACUCUUCCCUCCUUCCCGUCCCUCUUCUCCCAUAGGGGAAGACAAUUUGGGAGUUAAUUUAACAGCCAUUACUCGCCCUUCCUCCCCUCAGAAGUCUCCCUUGUUACCUGAGGCGUCCGCUAUACGUUGCACGUUAUAGGACUUUGCUUGCUUUGGGAGCCUCAGUAGUACCCUUCCCUCCAGAGUGCAGAGAGGCAUCCAGAAGACUGCCCUGCAACCCUUUGUGGUUAGUAGAGGAUCCAGGGAAAGGGGUACCUAGGAGGACACGUGACCUUGUGAAGGGAGCCACAACUGAAGCAGCACUUGGCACGCUGGAAGGAGGAAGCACCCAUCUUUGGUGUCCUUCUCAUUUUCCACACUUCUCCUCACGCAAUUUCUGAAGUUCCAUUGAAAGGAGACCUUGAAGGUUGCAAGACAGCUCCAAGAUGUGCAGUUCAGUUGCUCCCAGGCUGUGGUUCUUAACAGACCGUCGCAUCAGAGAAGAUUACCCUCAGCAGGAGAUCCUGAGAGCACUGAAGGCCAAGUGCUGUGAAGAGGAGCUAGAUUUCCGGGCCUUGGUGAUGGAUGAAGUGGUGCUGACCAUUGAGGAUGGAAAUCUCGGUCUCCGAGUGAAUGGCGAGCUCAUUACUGCUUACCCACAGGUGGUGGUUGUGCGUGUACCAACACCUUGGGUCCAGAGUGACAGUGAUAUCACAGUCCUUCGCCACCUAGAGAAGAUGGGCUGUCGAUUGAUGAAUCGUCCCCAGGCCAUCCUCAACUGUGUCAACAAGUUCUGGACAUUUCAAGAACUUGCUGGUCAUGGUGUGCCUCUUCCAGACACUUUUUCAUACGGUGGUCAUGAGAAUUUUGCCAAAAUGAUUGAUGAGGCGGAAGUGCUGGAGUUCCCUAUGGUGGUGAAGAACACGCGGGGUCACCGAGGUAAAGCUGUAUUCCUGGCGCGAGACAAGCACCAUUUGGCAGACUUAAGCCACUUGAUCCGUCACGAUGCCCCUUACUUAUUUCAAAAAUACGUGAAAGAGUCCCAUGGCAAGGAUGUGCGUGUCAUCGUAGUAGGAGGCCGUGUGGUGGGCACCAUGCUCCGCUGCUCAACAGAUGGGAGGAUGCAGAGUAACUGCUCACUUGGUGGCGUAGGGAUGAUGUGCUCACUGAGUGAACAAGGCAAACAGUUGGCGGUCCAAGUGUCAAACAUCCUGGGGAUGGACGUAUGUGGCAUUGACCUGCUGAUGAAGGACGACGGUUCAUUCUACGUCUGCGAGGCCAAUGCAAAUGUAGGUUUCAUUGCCUUUGACAAGGCUUGUAAUCUAGAUGUAGCUGGUAUCAUAGCGGACUAUGCCGCUUCUCUCCUUACCCCCGGCCGCUUGACGCGGCGUAUGUCCUUGCUCUCUGUGGUGUCCACGGCAAGCGAGACUAGCGAGCCAGAGCUGGGCCCUCCAGCUAGUGCCGCUGUCGACAAUAUGAGUGCUAGCUCCAGCUCUGUCGACAGUGACCCUGAGACCACGGAGAGAGAGUUGCUCACCAAGCUCCCGGGGGCUCUGUUCAACAUGAACCAGCUAUUAGCCAAUGAGAUCAAACUUCUUGUGGAGUGAUGCCACAUGUAAAUAGCUGACCAACAGAACUCUCUCUUGUACAUUUUAUUUUUAAACCAACUUGCAAUGCUGUUUAUCAGAGAAGCUCAGAGGAGUGAGGAAAGGAGAGGGGGGUGUCAAGCAAGAGAGCAAGAGUAAAAGGCACGUGUGUUGUGCUUGCUGCCUCCACUGUUUUGCAGAACAUAAAAUUUUGUUCAUUCUUCAGUAUUAGUUUUCUAGUGAAGAUGCUCAGUUCACAACCUAAGUGGGAAUUUUAUUUGGAUGCUGCUUUGGUCCCAGACGUAUUCACAGGCAAACAUUGGAAGCAUGAUUCACACUUAAAGAUUUUCAGAAAGCUGUCUGGCAGCUCUCUAGAAACUUCUGUGAAUUCUUGCACCAGUCAAGUCUCUUCUGCCUUUGCAAGGCUUGAUCCUGUAAGUGGCCAAGUGCCUCAGAUUCUCUAUUUGAGUUGAAGGUGUCAAAUACCAGGUAUUUCAAAGUCCCUGGACACCUCCUGUUCCUACUUUAGCAGAUGGGAGCUGUAAGUUCAGGAUCCUUUGAAAGUUGUCACUUUGUGACCUUGCAGGAUUUGGCCUUUCAGAUGAUGAGGCUGAGAGAAGUGUCAGCUGACUUUAAUGUGAGCUUUCUGUAGAAAUUUGUAAUUUGUACCUUUCUUGGUAUUAAUUGGCAGCUUUGUGUCUAUAUUUCUUUAUAAAGUUUUCCAAGACAGAUUCUAUUUUUUUUUUUUUUGUCAUUUCAAAUCCUGAUUUUGGAGGGUACGUAGAAGAAUUGGUCAUACUCUAGUUGCGGCGGAAGUGGCACGUUUUAACUAUCUUUGCAUGAUUGGAGGAGAUAAACAGCACUGUAAUGUUUGGUAAUACAAAAUAAUGUCUAAUCCAAUGUGAAAAAGAAUUACGCUAGUUUAAAGCAAACGUGCAUCGACUUGUAUUUGUUAGUGUUUUAGUCUUUUGGAGAGAGAUCUGCAAUGUUACUGUUCCGUUUUCUUUAAUACAUGCUAGUCCAACACUCCCUUCUCUAUGCCUGCAUCUUUAACAGUGGCCAAAGUAAAAACACUGCAGACUAUUUGUUAAGAAAACACUGAGAGGGGGGAACAUGGUAAGGUGUGGAGGAGGUAAAAGGUGGUUAAAAGUGAUAGACAUCUUGAGGUACUUUAGAAUAAAGCUGCAGUUCAUACAGUACUUAACCAGGCUUGCUUUUUCCCCACUGAACAUAAAAGCUGAUGUUGGCAGAAAUCCAAAGAGUAUAACUGGGGAGAAAUACCCAAUUCUUUAGCUUUGGGAAAUGUGCAGCAGGUUUAAAAACUAAAAAGUGAAAAAAAGUAUAUAAAAAAAUAAUAAAAAAAAUUGCUCAGCCAGAAUUUAAAAAAAAAUAAAAAUAUAACCUAGGUCCACAAAUUGAUCCUGAGCCCCUCCAUGUGUGGUGUGAGUACACACACUUCUGUGUGUGUGUGUGCAUUUGCUUUGCUUUUUCUUUUUUGGCUUCUCUUUUCUUUCGGGUUUUGGCUGUUUAGCUCCUAGUUUUUUUCCAGGCUGCCUGAUUUUCCUUAGUCCUUCUGGCUGUGCAUUUUCUCCUUAGCCUUGAGCUGUUUUGGAAAACAGAUAACCAAAACAGAUACUGAGUCCAUUUUCAAUCCCUAUCUUCCUCCUUUUCCUCUUUUUCCUCCUCCCUUUUCAUUCCUUUCUCAUUCUCUGGGUUCAUAAAGGCCUGGAACUAUAGAUAUAUAUAUAUAAAAAAUAAGCCUCUUUUUAAGAAAAACAAAAAACAAAAAGAAAGAAAAAAAAAAGGUAAAAUGUUUACAAUUGAAGAAUAAUCUUGUGAAAAUAGGGUUGGUUUGGAGGGGGGUUGUGUGUGUGCAAUGCUGCUAUUUUCUGGAUACUUUAAUGGAGCAUGUCCCAUGUACCCUCUGAGGCUCUGCACUGACCACCUCUGUGGCCCUUCCUCACCUCUCUGCUGCUCUGCUGUUUUAUCUUCACUUGGACCUUAAACACUAUUCACGGACACUAUGCAGAGAGUCUUCAAGAGGCAAUAAACAGAACAGUAUUAACCUGC